GUUUUUGAUUUGUUUCCUUUCAAUCUGUUUUAUAUUCGUUGUUUUGUUUUGUAUCUCCAGAUUGUUGAACUUGACGAGCUGCUUGGUUUCAUUUACCUCUUAAAAGCUAGCUUUGCAUGAGUUUGGUUAUGGAUACGAGCAAGUUCAAACCUGAAUCUCAUGUAGCACAACAAGCAGGCGAGAAAAGUUGAGGGUUCACCAUUUUUGAGGAUUUCCCCAAUAGUUUGGAGCAAGACUCCUCGGUCCAUUCGGGGCUAAACUCAGAUCUUGUUCAAGUUCGUAAUCUUAGGAAUGCUAAGAUGCUUCACGAGCCAACUAUUGUUUACUCAGGUAUCAUCCGUGUUCCGCCACAGGAAAAUGCUUCUGCUAAAGUCUCUGGUGACCCACCAAGUUGUGGAAAUCUGAUGGUGGGUUAUGCAAGUGGAUUAGGUGGCAGGGAAAACAAUCAAAACCCUAUGUUUAUUGGGGAGGUGCUGUCAAAUAAUGCAAGGGAAAGCAACGAAUGUGCAGCUAUGCAGUAUUUUGGGACUGGGAGUGACAUUUGUAGACAGGAUAGCAAAAGGCAUUGUGGGGAAUUGCAGUUUGUUCAUCUUCACUUUAUGAUGUUGCCACAGCUUCUGUGGGUACUCAGGCUAGUGCUUUGCAUUUUGAUAACGCUGGUGCUUGGACGAAUAGGCCGCUAUUAGAGCACUGUCCACAGUGGGGUGAAACUUCAAGUACUAUCCAAGGGCUCUCUCUAGCUCUUUCGUCGAAUCCUUCGUCGAAAAUUUAUGGUGCGGCUCAAUUCACAGAGGACCAGCGUGGUUCUCAGCAUGCCUUCAAGGAACCUCAUCGUGAUUCAAAAGCUUUAAAGCUGGCCAUUUGUUUUCGAUGCAGAAGCCGUCUAUAAUCAGUAAAAGUAGCGGAAAUUCAACUUACGUUCACCCCCUUGGUCCAUUCACCGGAUAUGCAACUAUUCUCAAGAAUUCAAGGUUCUUAAACCAGCACAAGAACUAUUGGGUCAAUACUGUCAUAUGACCAACUCAAAGCUUGGUAAAGUUCACGAGACAUCCGAUGGGGUCUCCAAUAGCAUCGGUGUUUCAGCCUCGGUUGCUGUUGCCAAUGCAGUUGAUAUGGAAGAUGGAGCUAUUAAGGGAAAUAACUCCGGGGCUUCGGUCUCUGGUCUUUGCAGUUCUAAUGAAAUUAGUACAGUUGAUGUUAGCGUUGGGGGCAGCUCUGAGUACCAACAAAAGAAGGCAAAGCUU